AAUAUUUCAGCAUUUCUUUAGUUCGGCAUACAUUAAUAUUUGAGUACGCCUAAUAUGGUCAUUGGGUUGCUUUGGAAAAGCACACCUGUGACACCGUCCCAGAGGCAGUGACGCACCGGUUACGCACCGAUUGAUUCUGCUGUGCGUCAUUUCUUUGGCAUGUUAUUCCUUUCCUUUUUAAUGGGAGCAGAAGCCUGGUGGAAAACAAACCUAUAACAGCCUGUAAGCAUUGGGACAGGGACACAAUUUUUGUUCUGUACUCCAGAAAAUUAGACUGGAAAUAAAACAAUGAGCAGGUUAAAGAGCAGAAUUUCAGCUUUAAUUGAAGGUAUUUACGUCCACAUUCAGUGGUCAUUGUCCCGCUGCAAGGUGCAGUGCUGUCAAGUGAGCUUUGAGGCAUUUGGUUGCAUCUAAGCAGAUGUUUCUGCACACUUUAGAACUCAUCCUGCUGCUGCUGCUGCUGCUGUCAGCCGUCACAUCCUAAAUAAAGACAGAUGAGCCAGUUCCAGUGGUAGCCAUACAUGCCCAAGUCAUAACAGUACCUUUAUUCAGCCCUUCAUCCAUUAUCUAUACCCGCUUAUCCUGAGCAGGGUUGCAGGGGGUGCUGGAGCCUAUCCCAGCGUGCAUUGGACAAGAGGAAGGAAUACAACCUGGACAGGCCGCCAAUCUAUCGCAGGGCAAAACUACCUCCACCAUGUUUCAAAAAUGAAUGGGGUCAUUUGGAUCAUAAGCAGUUCAUUUCUUUCUACACAAUUUUCUCUUUCCAUUACUUAAUGAACAAGUUAAUUCUCAGCUCAUCUGUCCACAGGAAUUUGUUCCAGAACUAGAUUUUACUGUACUUUUCAGCAAACUAUAACCUGGUCAUUCUGUUCUUGAGGCUUACCAGUGGUUUGCAGAUUACGGUGUACCCUCUGAGGUUAUGCUGGUGUUGUCUUCUCUUUAUUUUAACCUUUGACACAGCUAUUUAAAACAUAGAAAAAACACCUUUUGCACCAUUAACAUGUGACUUAUGGAGUAGGUCCAUAUAUUAGUAUUUAUUAAUAAAUAUCCAUAUGAAUGAGAACAGAAAGGAGGGAGAUGUAUACCUGUGUGUGAGGAGGGGGCUUGUUUAUCUCCCAGACAGAGGAGCAGUGGACUGGGGGUAAGAGUGAGGUGAGUCACAAUCAUGAGUCAACAUCCCACAGCUACAGUAUAAAACAUGCCCACUGAUGGACACUGGAGAAGACUUGAACCUCCAAAACUACCACAGAGGACACACUCUCACCUGAAGAAUGCAUCACUUCAUCAUUCUUCACUGCACUUCCCUCCUCUUUCUACUGACAAUGGGUAAAAGUACACCGCCCCCUGUGGACAAAAUGAAGAACAACGUCAAAAUGCUAGGAGAAACAGCAUUAAUACGGAUACAAAAAUUCACGAAUGAGUUCCAGAUUUCUCCUAACAUGGUGUUCAGCGGUGCAGAGUUGAUCCCCAACAUCACGCUGGAGACACCCCUGGGUUUGUCCUCCGUAGCGGAGAACCUCAACACUUUCCAGCUCAUUUUGCUGAACCUAACCCUGGAUGGCACGCUCCAAAUCCGCAGUGACAUUGUAGGCCUCCUGGACAUUGUGCACUGGCUAGCGGCCUCCAGUAGCUGCCCCAUGAAGAAACCAGCAAGUGACGGACACUUGGAAACUUUUCUCAAGACCAACAUGCCUUUUCAACUCUCAAUUGCCAACAUUGUCUUGACCCGACUACAGGAGUUCCUAAACAAACUAAUCAACAACCUAGACCAGCUGAAAAAGUGUUGAUCGCUUCUGAGGGUCGAAAGUGAAAUCCUGCAAUUCUGAAAACACGGUGUGUGUGCGCGCGUGCGCGUGCACAUGCAUGUAAAUGUGAUUUUCUCUCGUCAGGUAAGGUAAGGUUUAAGGUUGCCUAUUUAUAAAAGGUUAAACACUGUAUUAACAUUUUUGUACGAGAGCACUUACAACUAUUUGAAACAUUUAUUAUUAUUAUCAUGAAACAUAUUUGUGAAGAAUUCAAGUACUUAGAUUACUUGUGAUAAGCAUUUUUAUAUUUCUAUUGCAUAUUUUUGCAUUUCUCUCUCUCUCACACAGUGGCAUUUAUAUAUAUAUAAAUAUUUUCCUUCUAUAAUUUUGUAUUUUAUGAAUCCUAUUUCCAGGCAACAUGAGUAUAU